UAACUAGUUGUCCUAGUUGUACACUCUUUUUCCUUUUCCACCUCACACCACCACACCAUAAAGCACAUAGGGCACACAAAAAGUUGAUAUCUCACUUUGUCCUCCUACACAAUUCUCCUCAUCAAACAACAACGAAGGAGACCGAUCAUCUUCUAGAGAGAUAUAUAUAUAGAGAGAGAGAGAGAUCAUCUUCUUCGAAUUAGGGCAACUGCCAUGGAAGGAGGAAGCGGAGGAGGAGAUGGAAAAGCAGAAGUUAAUAAUAAUAGCGGGUCACAAGCGAAAGCAGAUCAAGAAAAGCAGAAAGUGGCCUUCUAUAAACUCUUUGCGUUUGCAGACCGUUUGGACAUUGCGUUGAUGAUCGUUGGAACGAUAUCUGCGGUGGGGAAUGGUCUGUCGCAGCCACUCAUGACUCUUGUGUUUGGUAAUCUUAUCAACACCUUUGGUUCCACCGAUCCUGGUCACAUCGUUCCCUUGAUCUCUAAGGUGUCUCUAAAAUUUGUGUACUUGGCCAUUGGCACUGGAGCUGCAGCACUUCUACAGGUGGCAUGUUGGAUGGUGACAGGAGAAAGGCAGGCUGCUAGAAUUAGAGGCAAGUACAUGAAGGCAAUCCUAAGGCAGGACAUUGGCUUCUUUGACACUGAAACUAGCACUGGAGAGAUCAUUGGCAGGAUGUCUGGGGACACCAUUCUUAUUCAAGAAGCCAUGGGGGAAAAGGUGGGGAAAUUUAUACAACUUUGUUCUACCUUUCUUGGUGGUUUUAUGAUUGCUUUUGUCAAAGGGUGGCGCCUAGCCAUUGUAUUGCUGGCUACCAUUCCUGCCAUUGUCAUUGCUGGUGCAACCAUGGCUACUAUCAUGGCGAGAAUGUCAUCCCGCGGACAGACUGCUUAUGCAGAAGCUGGCAAUAUAGUAGAACAAACAGUUGGUUCCAUUAGAACAGUUGCAUCUUUCACUGGGGAGAAGCAAGCGAUUGAAAAGUACAACCAGAAGCUAAAAGUUGCUUACAAUACUAUGGUUCAACAAGGGCUAGUCACAGGGCUUGGACUCGGAAUAUUUAUGCUCGUCAUCUUCUGCACGUACGCGCUUGCGGUAUGGUAUGGAUCCAAAAUGAUCAUCAGACAUGGAUACAAUGGAGGCCAAGUUAUCAAUGUUAUAUUUGCACUCAUGACUGGCGGAAUGUCACUCGGUCAGGCAUCACCAUCGUUGAAUGCAUUCGCAUCAGGGAAAGCUGCUGCAUAUAAAAUGUUUGAGACCAUCAGCCGAAAUCCAACUAUAGAUCCCUACGAUGCAGGUGGAAUUGUAUUGCAAGAUGUUAAAGGUGAUGUCGAACUCAAAGACGUGUAUUUCAGGUACCCUGCCAGACCAGACGUGAAGAUCUUUGUUGGGUUCUCAUUAUAUGUUCCAAGUGGCACAACCACUGCUUUGGUUGGGCAGAGUGGAAGUGGGAAGUCGACAGUGAUCGGGCUAGUAGAAAGGUUUUAUGAUCCAGAAGCCGGUGAAGUACUUAUAGAUGGCGUGGACUUGAAGAAGUUGCAGCUUAAAGCGAUAAGAGAGAAGAUUGGGCUGGUUAGUCAGGAACCGAAUCUCUUUACAACAACCAUAAGGGAGAACAUAAAAUAUGGGAAGGAUGAUGCAACUGAUGAGGAGAUUAGAAGAGCAACUGAGCUCGCAAAUGCAGCAAAAUUCAUUGAUAAGCUACCCCAGGGGAUCGACACAAUGGUAGGUGAGCACGGGACAUCUCUAUCUGGUGGGCAAAAGCAGAGAAUUGCAAUUGCAAGAGCCAUUCUAAAGAACCCGAGAAUUCUUCUUCUUGAUGAAGCAACAAGCGCGCUGGAUGCUGAGUCCGAAAAGAUUGUUCAAGAUGCACUGGUGAACUUGAUGUCAAAUCGCACAACCAUAGUUGUUGCGCAUCGCUUGACAACUAUUAGGAAUGCUGAUUGCAUAGCAGUGGUGCACAGAGGCAAAAUUGUUGAAAAAGGGACUCAUAAUGAGUUGACCAAAGAUCCGGAAGGGGCUUACAGCCAAUUAAUCCGCCUGCAAGAAGGAUCAAAAGUUGACAACGAAGCACAAACCUCUGAUCCGAAUAGAAUGGACACCAGCCUAGAUACAGAUAGGACUUUGCUCAGCUCUGGGAGCCGGAGAUUAUCAAUGAGGAGGUCUAUAAGCAGAGGUUCAUCAGGUAACCGGCACUCAUUUACUAUUGGCUUUGGCAUUCCCGGUCCAGUUGAUAUCCAAGAGAGUGAAGUAGGACACGAGGAUGAUCAUGACAGACCUAAAGUUGAUCCUGAAAAGCGCAAAACAGUUUCUAUCCGAAGGCUGGCUGCACUUAACAAACCUGAGGCUCCAGUUUUGCUUCUAGGAGCCAUUGCUGCAGCAGGGCAUGGAGUAAUUUUCCCUAUCUUUGCGUUACUACUCUCGAAAGCCAUUAGAAUGUUCUACGAACCGCCCAAUGAGCUAAGGCAUGAUUCCAGAAAAUGGGCGUUAGUUUAUGUAGGUUUAGGUUGCGCUGCUCUGUUGGUGAUUCCUGUGCAGAAUUUCUUCUUUGGAGUUGCAGGUGGGAAAUUAGUGGAGCGAAUUCGUUCCUUGUCAUUCCAGAAGGUUGUGCACCAGCAAGUCAGUUGGUUUGAUGACCCUGCAAAUUCAAGCGGUGCGAUUGGUGCAAGGUUAUCUACGGAUGCUUCAACCAUUAAGAGUCUUGUUGGUGACGCCUUAGCGUUGAUUGUGCAGAAUAUAGCAACAAUCAUCGCAGGGCUGAUUAUAGGUUUCACAGCUAACUGGAAACUGACGCUGGUAGUUUUAGCCGUUUCGCCAUUGAUGCUUCUGCAAGGAACACUUCAGGCAAAAUUUCUUAAAGGGUUUAGUGCAGAUGCCAAGCUUAUGUAUGAGGAAGCCAGUCAAGUGGCAAACGAUGCGAUUGGUAGCAUCCGAACGGUUGCAUCUUUUUGUUCUGAGAAGAAGGUGAUAGAGGCAUACGAGAAGAAGUGUGAGGGUCCGUUGAAGCAAGGAGUACGGUUAGGAGUAGUAAGUGGUUCGGGUUUUGGCUUUUCGUUCUUCUUAAUGUUCUGCACAAAUGCAUUGGUAUUCUAUGUUGGAGCUAUUCUUGUGAAGCAUGGUCAAGCUACAUUUGAACAAGUAUUCAAGGUUUUCUUCGCUGUAACAAUCUCUGCAAUGGGGGUCUCACAAUCUACUAGCAUGGCCCCUGACUCCAACAAAGCCAAGGACUCAUCGGCUUCGAUAUUUCAAAUUCUCGACAGCAAACCUAAGAUUGACUCGAGCAGUAAUGAAGGCGUAACAUUAUCACAUUUAAUUGGAGACAUCGAGCUUGAGCAUGUCAGCUUUAAGUAUCCUAUGCGCCCGGAUGUGCAGAUAUUCAGAGACAUUUGUUUGAAGAUGCCCUCCGGAAAGACUGUUGCUUUGGUUGGAGAGAGUGGCAGCGGGAAAUCAACGGUAAUAGGCCUCAUAGAGAGAUUCUACGAUCCUGAUUCAGGUCGCGUACUACUAGACGGAGUAGAAAUCCAAAAGUUCAAGCUAAACUGGCUGAGGCAGCAGAUAGGGUUGGUUGGUCAAGAACCAGUUCUCUUCAACGAAUCCAUUCGUGCCAACAUUGCAUAUGGCAAGCCAGGAGAUGUUACCGAGGAAGAAAUCAUAGCAGCGACCACAGCAGCUAACGUGCACAAUGUCAUAUCUUCAUUGCCUCAAGGCUACGACACCUCAGUAGGUGAACGAGGGGUUCAACUGUCAGGAGGUCAGAAGCAAAGAAUUGCCAUUGCGAGGGCUAUACUCAAGGACCCGAAAAUCCUCCUACUUGAUGAAGCUACAAGUGCACUGGAUGCAGAGUCCGAACGCAAAGUACAAGACGCAUUGGACAGGGUUAUGGUGAACAGAACAACAGUUGUAGUUGCGCACCGCCUUAGCACGAUAAAAGGAGCAGACAUAAUCGCGGUGGUGAAGAAUGGCGUGAUUGCGGAGAAGGGAAGCCAUGAUUUCCUAAUGAAGAUCACUGACGGGGCUUAUGCUUCUUUGGUGGCACUUAAUUCCAGCUCAAAUACAUAAGUAGAUAAAGAACUCAGACAACCAGAAUCCGAGUAUAUAUUUGGUAUUACAUACCUAAGACACACAUUGCAGUGGAUGGAUGUGUGACUGCAGAAACUGUAAGCUAAAGAUGUUUAAGUUUGUGUUUGGACAUGAGUUUAGUACUUAAUCACGCUAUGUGGCACGUUAAAUGGAUGCCACUGAAGAGUGUUUAAGGUUAAGUGUUGGUUUGGUGUUAAGUUAUUUAAGCCUAACUGGCUGCCUAUCUAAUAUAAUUUCGUGUUCCUGAUUGUU